AUGCCGUCCCCCCGUAAGCUCGUCACGUUCGCGGACGACAUUGGCGACGAAAGCGAAGUGCCAUGCUCUCGUGUCGGCGUCAGAGGCGGCGCCACUUACUGCAUCAUGGGACCCGUGUGCGGCAGCGUGGCCGAUGGGUCGUCAACACCAGCGUGGGGCACGUGCCCGACCAAGGGAACUGCCGCGAUCGCGAACUGCCUCGAGUCGUCCCUGAAUUACGCGUCACGUUGCGUGGCACCGGUCGAUGCGCACUGCGUGCUCGCCUCCGCCAGUCAUUGGGAGUGCGUUUUCCCAUCCACACACAACGACAGCAGCGCGACGCCGUCCAACGCCGCUGCUGCUGCUGCUGCUUCACUUUCCACAGCGUCGUCCAACAACCACCAGGUGGCUUUGUCGGCCACGACCCCGAAAACCACAUCGAACGAGUCGCAGAUCGAGAAGUUGGUCCAGUCUCCAAGCGCAGCGCUCAACAUCAUCGUCGGCGCGACGUGCUGCGUGAUCGCCAUCGCGGGGCUCGUGCUGGCCAAGAAGAGGCAUAACAAAGCGCGCAGGAGUAACAGCGGGCUCUCCGCAUCCGACAACUCGGGUAUAAUGAGGCUGUAA